AUCCGUCGUGCAUCCAGUGGAGCAAGUGGAACGUUGGGAAUGUUUGGAAGUAUAUGUGCAAAUAAAUUUGAUUAUAUGUGUCAAAACAAAUAGGAAAAACCAUAGUCAGGCAGGCAGCCAGUUCAACUAGAGACGCACGACACAUCGUGUGUAUGUGCUGUGCGCUUCGUUCACGAUUUCAAGCAAAUUUAAAGAAAAAAAUAUAUAAAUUCAACACAGAAAUAAUCGAAGAAGAAAAGAACAACAGCAAAAACAGUCAACCUGAACGCGCGACGCAGCUCAACGUCACAUAAAUUAUUUUUGUUGUUUUAGUUGUAGUUUCGAAUUAGAAUUUUCCGUUCGCUCGAAAACAGUGCUAAUUGAGAGUCGUGUCGAAUUUGGUGAAAUAAAACGAGGAAAAAAAAAAUUCGCAAUUAUGACGCGUUGCAACUGUGUCAAUGUGAAUUGAAAAAGGCGAUAAAUAAGUUCAAAGACAAGUGGAUCUUAAAAAGCACAGAGAGAGAGAGAGAGAGAGAGAGAGAGAGAGAGAGAAAGAGGGGGGCGAGUUUAAUCUGAUUUGUUGAUGUGCAAUUUGAUUUUCAGAUUUCCCCCGUACUAUCAAUGAAAGUAUCAAUCAAAUAAAUCAUACGCGUGCUCAAUCCAAUAAUAUUGAUUGGUUCGAUUGAAAUUCAUGCAGAAAAAUAUGCUUUUGCUUACAAAUUAAUUUGUAAAGUGAUUUUGAUUUUUUUUUAUCGUUUCGUCUUCGUCGUCGUCGUGGCCGCCUUGUGUCGACUCAAUGGAAUUUUUUUUGAUUGUUUAUUUUCGAUAUGUUUCGAGAAGAUUGAGUGGCAUUCUCGAGCAAAGUACAUGAUAUAACUCGUGUUUGUGUGUUUGCCAAUUUCCAAAUAUUGUUCGUUUAAACGAACCCAAAAUUGAAUAAUUUAUUCGUGGAAUUUUUGUCUUGUUGUCGAUUUAUCAAGUGUGGAAAUAUUUUUUUUUCAAAUAUGAUGCGUGUCAUACGAAGGGUGAACAGUCCAAGUGAUUGUGAUGAAAUUGGCAAAUGCUCGUCAAUAAUGGCAACGUCGCGCGUAAAACUGACAUCGAUACGAUCAAAGUUGCCAUUGUUUUAUGGGGCUGCUGGUAUUUUUUUGUGUGAUAUAAUUGCUAAGGUGAAUUGUGAAUCAACCGAUAUUGAAUUAGACGCAAAAGCCACUCUACUACACCGCAUCGAUAGCUUCAAUCUUUUAGUGUACACGUUCUUAUUGACGUUGACAAUUCUAACAAUAUGGUUAUUCAAACAUCAUCGGGUCAGUUGGCUGCAUGAAACUGGUUUGGCCAUUAUUUACGGUUUAUUCGUUGGUGCAUUAAUACGAUACGCUGCCAGUAAAACAACAACCACGCAUCUAGAAGUUACACCGAACGUCACGUUCCCAACAUAUAACCAGACUCUUCCACCUGAUACACUAUGGCUUACCUUUCCGGGAAGUUUGCCCAGUAUCAAUGUGCCGAAUCAAACAUAUGCUUACUCGUUUCGUGGGCAAAUGGUGAAUAAGGAUGAGAAUGGUAUCGAUUUAAAGGCCAUUUUCGAUCCAGAAAUCUUCUUCAACAUCAUUCUACCACCGAUUAUUUUCUACGCUGGAUAUUCGCUCAAACGGAAAUAUUUCUUCCGUAAUUUGGGCGCUAUUUUAACAUUUGCUAUCAUUGGAACGGCCAUCUCAGCCCUGCUCAUCGGAUCACUUAUGUAUGUUGCCAUCCAAUUUUUACCGGGCAAUCUGAACUUUACUUUUCUGGAUACACUCUACUUUGGUGCACUGAUAUCGCCGACGGAUCCACUAACCAUACUAGCGAUAUUCAGCGCGUUACACGUCGACGUCAAUUUGUAUGCGCUGGUGUUUGGUGAGAGUGUACUGAACGAUGCCGUUGCCAUUGUUAUGAGCAGUUCAAUUCAAAAGUACGAUAAGCAUUAUUCGAGCUCGGGUGGUUUUGAAGCGGGCGCAUUCUUUCACUCGGUCGGCGAUUUUUGUCGCAUUUUCUCGCUAUCGCUAUUGAUUGGUGCGGUCAUGGGGUGUGCAACAGCGUUAAUGACCAAAUUUACACGAAUCCGUGACUUUCCACUACUUGAAUCGGCAUUGUUUGUCCUUAUGUCAUAUUCAACGUUUCUCAUCGCCGAAGUGAGCGAACUAACAGGAAUUGUUUCCGUCUUAUUUUGUGGCAUUUGCCAAGCACAUUAUACGUACAAUAAUCUAUCGGACGAUUCAAGACUGCGAACCAAGCAAAUCUUUGAGUUGUUAAAUUUCCUCGCGGAGAAUUUCAUUUUUUCAUACAUUGGCGUAUCCAUGUUCACCUUUCCAAAGCAUCAUUUCGAUUUGUGGUUCAUUACCACGGGAUUUAUUUGUGCAAUGAUUGGUCGCGCAGCAAACAUUUAUCCACUUUCAUUUCUACUGAACCUGGGACGUAAACCGAAAAUUCCUAUCCAUUUUCAGCAUAUGCUCUUUUUUGCUGGCUUGAGAGGUGCCAUGUCUUUCGCAUUAGCCAUUCGUAACACGGUAUCAGAAGCGCGACAAGCGAUGCUGACAACAACUUCGUUGAUUGUGAUCGUGACGGUCAUAACUCAAGGCGGUGCGGCGAAUUAUUUGCUCAAAUUUUUCCAAAUACCAAUCGGCGUGGAAGAUGAGACUGAAGCUCUGAACCAUCAUGAGGGUCGCAAUGAUAUUGAACAUGGAGCGUCACCAGAUGGUCCAAACGUUUCGACAGUGCCAAAGAAAUGCGAGAAAGCGCUAUUAGCUAGGAUUUGGGGCAAUUUCGAUAAAAAUUAUAUGAAGCCGUUGUUAACGCAUUCCCGGCCCACGUUGCUGGAAACGUUGCCGGUGUGCUGUAAUCCACUCGCUCGAUUGCUAACAACGACGGAACAAUUGACGCAGAAUUUUCAUUAGCGGUAUACCUUCGUAGAAACCAAGCAAGAAAAAACAAAUGAACUUUCAAGGUUUUUAGUUUAGUAAUAUGGGUCGUUUUCAUUUUGCAUGAAUAAUAAUGAUUUGUUCAAAUCCCCGCCCCUUUAACUAACCGAAUGAUAAAAUUGGUUCAAAAACAAAACAAUUUGCCAUAUUUCCCUUCAAAAUCUAACACAAAUUCUAAUCUAACAACAUCAAAAUCAUAUUAUUUCUGCAUGUAUUCGACAACGAUGCUUUCAAAAACGCAAAAGGAACGAACGAAUAUUCGACACUCCGAUUCGGAUUCCGAUCUCUGCAUUAAUGACAACGAUGACUAUCGUUCGGGCAGCAUAAGUGGCAGCACGCUAAAUAAUAACAUCGGCACGCUUGAUUCACGCGUAAGACGCAGUUCGAAUGGUCGUGUAAGUAUUCGUUUGGUGUCGGACGAACAGAGCACAAUAUUGGCCACGUACAAAAAUGUCGAUCACUGAAAUGGAAUUUAGUGAAGACACACACACACACAUACAACACACCACUAUUCUAAUGCCGCAACACUCUAACUAAAGUUACAAAGAAAAAUCAAACCAAAUGGAUAUGGUCUCUAGUCAUUCUGAAAUUUUAUCAAAAAUAGAAUACUAACCGAAAAUUUAACCAAAAUGUAAGGAUUUUCUACUUUCUAUAGUUCAAAACAUCGAGCAUUAAUAUACAUACUAUUUUUCUGGGUUGCUUUUUAACAAAACGCUUGAAAUUACCAAAUUCACCGAAUAAGGAUCGAUGCCUUCACACUAUACUAACGCCAACGCUUCAUUCAUUAUUUUCAUUUCUUGUAUUUUUUUCAGUUUUUUUCCAUCUUGUGUUCGUUCAUUUCAUUUAGUAUUUUCAUUUUUUUGUGUUUUUUUUUCUUUCAUUUUAUGUUUUUCAGGUUAAACCGUGAACAUUUCGACGUGCGCCAGUUUUGCUUAUUUUUGCUUGUGCAUACAAAUGAUUUUGGUGACAUUUAUGUUUGAUUCAGCCAAUCAAUUCUGUUUUUGAUUCCGAAUCAUAUUCAUAUUCAAAAUCAUUUAACCAGAAAUUGUAGAUAUUUAAAAGAAAAAGUCUGUUUAUGCUUACCCAUCAAGACAAAUGUGAUCAUUUUUCUGCAUUAUGAAGGUUAACCUUCACAACUUUUUUGUGUUUUGCAAAAAAAAAAAAAAAAAAAAAGAAUACGAGGAAAUAGUGUGUUUGAUAGGCCUGUUAUUUCACACAUCGAAAUCGGAUAUUCUUGCAAAAAGAAUAUUGAACUAAAGAUAUGCGUUGUUUGCAUCGAAGCGAAAAUUUGUUAAAUGAAUAUUGGUCAGUUUAAAUUAAAAUGUGUGUCAAUUCAGGCACAAUCAAACACACUCCUUCAGCAAGUUUUUUUUUGUAGAAAUUUUGUGUGAAGAAAAAAGAAAAAUGUGAAAAUCUAAUGUAAUUAGAAUGUUAUUUGCACAUGAAAGACGAUUGACUUGAAUUAUGAUUCAAAUGAAUAAAAAAGAAAUAAAACAGAAUUUUUUUUUUUGUUAAGACAAAUUGAAUUAGAAUUUUGAGUGAGUUUUAACGCAUUGGAAAGGAUCAGGGACCUGUGUUACCAAUUUACAAAAAAAAACAACCAACUGUUAACAUUUUUGCUUUAUUUUAUUUCAUUUGUUUUAAUUUAUUUGUUAUGGUUUAUACAUUAUUGUGAUUUCUUUUGUUGUUUACACCUAAAGUUCCACCAUUUGAACAGUUUUAGAAACUGAAACAGAAACCAUCUAUUCAACACCAAAACUGUUUCUCUCAUUAGAAUUGAAGGGCUCAAGUGUGAAAUGAUAAAAUUAAGGAUAUUUAAAAUGAAAGAAAUAAUAAUUUAAAUUGGGUGAAUCAACAUAAUUUAGACUUUAUUUUGUUAGGGUGGUUGUGACAAACAGAAAGUGAAAAAAAAAUAAUCUAGGUAAAAUGAAACAAUGAAUUGAGAAUGUUCAACAUUCGAAUAUUUCAAUGGAUUCUUGUUCAAAACGUAUGGUAUUGUUGUUUUGGUAUUAAGACAGAGAGAAAGAAAUAAAAACCAAUCUAUUUAGUCUUAAUUCAUUUAAAAUAUGUUACUACUGCAUUAAAUUCUAUUGUUUAACUGUAUAAGAAGAUGUAUUUAUUUAUGAGUGUGACUCAACAUACAUAUAAUAUAUUUUCAUCCUGUUUCGAAUGAAUGCCACUUUCGUUCCACAUUCCAUCGGAAUAUUGGCUUCAGAGAAUGGGUAAAAUAUUAAAUGGCAUUUCGGAAUCUGUCCAAAUUUGUUUAUUGCAUCGAUUGAGAGCACAGAAUUUCGUUUGCUAAAUAAAAUGCCGUCAAAACAGAAGUGCAUUCAAAAUGCCUACUUCUUUUUUUAUGAAUCAAAAAACACUUUUGAAACAACUCAAACUAUAUAAUGCCUGAAGAAUCUAUUAGACUUAUUCAAAUUUUAGUGUGUUUUGACAUGGAUAGAUAUGAAGUAAAGAAGGGAAAUAAAAUUUAGUUGUUAAUUACAAGAGAAUGUGAAUCCUGUUGUGAAUUGCUAAACUCAAAGAAAAACAUUUACAAAUUAAAUUCAAUAAAAUUGUCUAUUGAACCUAAA